AUGAAGGCUGUUCGUAAUUUGCUGAUUUAUAUAUUUUCCACCUAUCUACUGGUUAUGUUUGGAUUUAAUGCUGCCCAAGACUUCUGGUGUUCCACGCUGGUGAAGGGGGUCAUUUAUGGAUCGUAUUCUGUAAGUGAAAUGUUUCCUAAAAACUUCACAAACUGCACUUGGACGCUGGAAAAUCCAGAUCCGACCAAAUAUAGUAUUUACCUGAAAUUUUCCAAAAAGGACUUCAGCUGCUCCAACUUUUCCCUCUUGGCUUAUCAGUUUGAUCAUUUUUCCCAUGAAAAAAUAAAGGAUCUUUUAAAAAAUAACCAUUCUAUAAUGCAGCUCUGCGAUUCCAAGAAUGCUUUUGUAUUUCUGCAGUAUGAUAAGAAUUUUAUUCAGAUACGCCGCGUCUAUCCCAUCGAUUUCCCAGGAUUACACAAAAAAGAAGAAGACAAAAAAUCCUUCUUUGAGUUUUUGGUGUUGAACAAGGUGAGCCCAAGCCAGUUUGGGUGCCAUGUGUUAUGCACUUGGUUGGAGAGCUGCUUGAAAUCUGAGAACGGGAGAACCGAGUCCUGUGGGAUCAUGUAUACAAAAUGCACCUGCCCUCAGCAUUUGGGAGAAUGGGGAAUAGACGACCAGUCCCUAGUGUUGCUCAAUAACGUGGUGCUGCCCCUCAAUGAGCAGACAGAGGGCUGCCUGACCCAGGAGCUGCAAACCACCCAGGUCUGCAACCUCACCAGAGAAGCCAAACGGCCACCAAAAGAAGAAUUUGGAAUGAUGGGAGAUCAUACAAUUAAAAGUCAGCGACCUCGAUCUGUUCAUGAGAAAAGGGUCCCUCAGGAACAAGCUGAUGCUGCUAAAUUUAUGGCACAAACUGGUGAAUCUGGUGUUGAAGAGUGGGCCCAGUGGAGUACGUGUUCAGUUACUUGUGGUCAAGGGUCGCAGGUGCGAACCAGAACUUGUGUAUCACCUUACGGGACACACUGCAGCGGCCCUUUAAGAGAAUCAAGGGUUUGCAAUAACACUGCCCUCUGUCCAGUACAUGGCGUUUGGGAGGAAUGGUCACCUUGGAGUUUGUGUUCAUUCACAUGUGGUCGAGGCCAAAGAACUAGGACAAGGUCAUGUAUACCUCCCCAGUAUGGGGGAAGAUCAUGUGAUGGACCUGAAACACAACAUAAACCUUGCAAUAUUGCACUCUGCCCUGUUGACGGACAGUGGCAGGAGUGGAGCUCGUGGAGCCAGUGCUCGGUGACCUGCUCCAAUGGCACCCAGCAGCGGAGCCGGCAGUGCACGGCAGCAGCCCAUGGCGGCUCCGAGUGCAGAGGGCCCUGGGCCGAGAGCCGGGAGUGCUAUAACCCUGAGUGCACCGCAAAUGGCCAAUGGAACCAGUGGGGCCACUGGAGUGGCUGUUCCAAAUCCUGCGAUGGUGGCUGGGAAAGGCGGAUAAGGAUCUGUCAAGGUGCUGCUGUGACUGGGCAACAGUGUGAAGGAACUGGAGAGGAAGUUAGGAAAUGCAGUGAACAGAGAUGCCCCGCACCUUAUGAAAUAUGUCCUGAAGACUAUUUGAUGUCAAUGGUGUGGAAAAGGACCCCAGCAGGGGACAUGGCAUUCAAUCGAUGUCCUCUCAAUGCCACAGGCACCACUAGCAGACGCUGCUCUCUCAGUGUUCAUGGAGUGGCCUUCUGGGAACAUCCAAGCUUUGCUAGAUGCAUAUCAAAUGAGUACAGACACUUGCAGCAUUCAAUUAAAGAGCACCUCGCGAAGGGACAGAGGAUGUUGGCUGGUGAUGGCAUGUCCCAAGUAACCAAGACACUAUUGGAUUUAACUCAGAGGAAAAACUUUUAUGCAGGGGACCUUCUUGUUUCUGUGGAAAUUCUCAGAAAUGUUACAGACACUUUUAAAAGAGCAAGCUAUAUUCCGGCAUCUGAUGGAGUGCAGAACUUCUUUCAAAUCAUUAGUAAUCUAUUAGAUGAAGAAAACAAAGAGAAAUGGGAAGAUGCACAACAGAUCUAUCCAGGCUCAGUGGAGUUAAUGCAGGUGAUUGAAGAUUUUAUACACAUUGUUGGAAUGGGAAUGAUGGACUUUCAGAAUUCAUACCUAAUGACUGGAAAUGUAGUGGCUAGCAUUCAGAAGCUUCCUGCUGCAUCUGUUUUAACCGACAUCAAUUUCCCCAUGAAAGGAAGAAAAGGAAUGGUUGAUUGGGCACGAAACUCAGAAGACAGGGUUGUCAUUCCAAAAAAUAUCUUCACUCCUAUGUCAACAGAACUAGAUGAAUCGACUGUAUUUGUACUUGGAGCAGUGCUAUACAAAAAUUUAGAACUCAUUUUGCCCACUUUGAGAAAUUUUACAGUUGUUAAUUCAAAAAUCAUUGUUGUUACCAUACGACCUGAGCCCAGAACUACAGAUUCUUUCCUGGAGAUAGAGCUGGCCCAUCUGUCUAAUGGCACAUUGAAUCCCUACUGUGUGCUGUGGGAUGAUUCAAAAACGAACGACUCUUUGGGAACCUGGUCCACCCAGGGAUGUAAAACUGUGCUUACCGAUGCAUCCCAUACGAAAUGCUUAUGUGAUCGUCUCUCUACCUUCGCCAUUUUGGCUCAGCAACCUAGAGAAAUAAUCAUGGAAUCAUCUGGUACACCUUCAGUGACCUUAAUAGUAGGCAGUGGUCUUUCAUGCUUGGCCUUGGUCACACUAGCAGUUGUCUAUGCAGCACUAUGGAGGUACAUCAGAUCUGAGAGGUCAAUAAUUUUAAUCAAUUUCUGCCUGUCUAUUAUCUCAUCAAAUAUCCUUAUCCUGGUUGGACAAACUCAGACACAUAACAAGGGCAUCUGCACCACAACCACUGCAUUUUUACACUUCUUCUUCUUAGCUUCAUUCUGUUGGGUUUUGACAGAAGCGUGGCAGUCAUAUAUGGCUGUUACUGGAAAAAUUAGGACACGGCUCAUAAGGAAGCGUUUCCUGUGCCUUGGAUGGGGUUUACCAGCAUUAGUGGUUGCAAUAUCAAUAGGCUUUACCAAGACAAAAGGAUAUGGAACAGCACACUACUGUUGGCUGUCUCUUGAAGGAGGGCUACUUUAUGCUUUCGUUGGACCUGCAGCUGCAGUUGUCUUGGUCAACAUGGUGAUUGGCAUUUUGGUAUUUAAUAAACUUGUUUCCAGAGACGGAAUCCUAGAUAAAAAGCUCAAACACAGAGCGGGUCAGAUGAGUGAGCCUCAUAGCGGUUUGACGCUCAAAUGUGCCAAGUGUGGAGUAGUUUCAACAACAGCUUUGUCAGCCACCACCGCCAGUAAUGCCAUGGCAUCCCUUUGGAGUUCCUGUGUGGUGUUGCCACUUCUAGCCCUGACUUGGAUGUCUGCAGUUCUGGCCAUGACAGACAAAAGAUCAAUAUUAUUUCAGAUACUUUUUGCAGUAUUUGAUUCAUUACAAGGCUUUGUUAUUGUCAUGGUCCAUUGUAUUCUCCGAAGGGAGGUUCAAGAUGCCUUCAGAUGUCGACUUAGAAAUUGCCAGGAUCCAAUCAAUGCAGAUUCUUCGAGUUCUUUUCCUAAUGGACAUGCUCAAAUCAUGACUGAUUUUGAAAAGGAUGUGGACAUUGCUUGUCGGUCAGUUCUGCAUAAAGACAUUGGACCUUGCAGAGCAGCUACUAUAACAGGAACACUUUCCAGAAUUUCCCUAAAUGAUGAAGAGGAGGAGAAGGGACCAAACCCUGAAGGAAUGAGCUAUUCUACCUUGCCUGGAAACAUCAUCUCCAAAGUCAUCAUCCAGCAACCAACAGGUCUCCACAUGCCUAUGAGUAUGAGUGAACUGGCCAACCAGUGCUUGAAAAAAGACAACAGUGAGUUGCGGAGGACUGUGUAUUUAUGCACUGAUGAUAAUCUGAGAGGUGCAGAUAUGGAUAUAGUCCAUCCUCAAGAACGGAUGAUAGAAAGCGACUAUAUAGUCAUGCCUCGGGGCUCAGUAAAUACCCAGCCAUCACUCAAAGAUGAGAGUAAAAUGAAUAUAGGCAUGGAUACUUUGCCUCAUGAAAGGCUGUUGCACUACAAAGUUAAUCCAGAGUUCAAUAUGAAUCCUUCUGUAAUGGACCAAUUUAAUAUCAAUUUAGACCAGCAUCUUCCCACUCAAGAACAUAUGCAGAGUUUACCAUUUGAGCCUCGCACAGCAGUGAAGAAUUUCAUUGCCUCAGAGCUGGAUGACAAUGCAGGAUUAUCAAGAAGUGAAACUGGAUCCACGAUAUCAAUGAGCUCUUUAGAGAGAAGAAAAUCACGUUAUUCGGACCUUGACUUUGAAAAGGUCAUGCAUACAAGAAAGAGGCAUAUGGAAUUGUUUCAAGAGUUAAAUCAGAAAUUUCAGACGUUGGACAGAUUUCGGGAUGUACCAAAAUCAGGCAGUAUGGAGAACUCAGCACCAAGCAAGGCUCCAUGGGACAGUUUCAAAACCACAGGCGACUACCAACACUAUACAACGAUAAACGUUUUAGACACAGAAGCAAAAGAUGCUUUAGAACUCAGACCAGCAGAAUGGGAGAAGUGUCUGAACUUGCCUUUAGAUGUGCAAGAAGGUGACUUUCAAACAGAAGUUUAA